UAGUUAGAUAUACUUAUUCUUUAUAUUUAUACAUUUAAUUGGUAGAUUGGCUUAUAAAUUAUGUUUCUAUUUAGAAAGCAAUAAAAAAUGUUUCAAUGUACGCACAAAAAAUUUAAAAUUUUGAACUUUUUCUAAAUAUACAUAUGUAUGUAAAUGAAUACACGUUUAAUGAAAUAACAAAACGUACUGUGUCGAAAAUUUUAUACACUUUAAAAAAACAAUACUGAGUCAUGUCAGUAAGAAGCACUUCAAAUCAUAACAAGAACACCGUUAAUGCAACAAUUUCAAGAAAUGUUUCAGGGGUUUUAUCAUCUACAAAUUUAAUUGCUGUAAAAAAUAGCGACAAAAAACAGCAGUCUCAGGAUACUUUGCAAUUAGCUGUACCUCCAUCUAGAAUAUUAUCACCAAAUUCUCCAAUAUCCGAGUUUCAUCAGCAACUCCAACAGCAUUUGCAGCAAAAUUUACAGCAGCAAUUACAACAGUCAAAAUUUUUUCAAUGUCAGCAAAAGAAUAACCAAGAACAACAAGUUUCUACCUCAGAAACUAUUGAUGAUAAUUUGUCAAAUUUAACUAACAAUAUUUUGAUAAAUAAGAAUAAUAGUAAUGAUAAGGAUCAUGUUUAUGAAAAUUCCGAUAAUGAUAGAUUAUUUGAAUCUCCAGUGCCACAAAAACAACAACAACUUAAUUCAAACAUGGUGGUGAAUAAUGAAAUUCCAAAUGCGAAUCGAAAACAAACUAAAGUAUGUCUGGUCGCGAAAAUGCAGAAAUCUGUGACAAUAACUGUGACACCACAACGAAGUAAUUCAAUGGAUUAUUUGAAUUUUGAAGAAAAGAGGCAAUUAAUAGCAUCUUCAUUAUCUUUAUCAGAUAUACUACAGUGUGGACCAGCUGUCGCAGCAGCAGCAGUAGCCAAAGAAGCAGUGAAUACAGUCAACAUCGGUAAAAAGCAGAAUAGUUCAGCUUUGAGAACGAACAGUUUAGGAUCAACGGGAUCAAGAACACCACCUUUAGAAAGAAAAAGUAAAUUUAGCGCAAUAGGAAGAUUCUUCAAGCCUUGGAAAUGGAGAAGGAAAAAGAAAAGUGAAAAAUUUGAAGCAGCAUCAAAAUCCCUUGAAAGAAAAAUAUCCGUACGUGCCAAUAGAGAAGAUCUUGUACAGAAAGGAAUUUUGCUUCCAGAGAGCCCUAUUGGAGCCAUUCCUGAAAUAGGUGAGGAGACAUUCUCUUCUUCCAAUAUUGCCAACGGUAUUUCAAACACUGUUUCAAAUAGCGCAAAUACAAAUAAUGAGCCAGUGCCCGUCGGAAAUAUACAAACAAUUAAUAAUUCGACACAGCUAAUUCAACCUUCACAAAAUACCACUUUACAACAGCAACAACAGUCACAACAACAAUCAUCGCAGCUUUAUCAACAACAACAUUAUCAUAUUAUUAACAAUUACAAUAGCAAUAACAAGCUUCCAACAAAUUCUCCUGCAACUAGUGGUAACAUCACUGGGGUUAAUCAAGUCAAUAAUUCUGUACAAAAUAUAAAUAAUUUGUCUUUGCCUCACUCACAAUUAGCUCAUCAAUCAAAUUCGAACAACAAUAGUAACCAAACUCCCUUAACACCUCUGGCACAACAUCACCAAGCGUUAACACAACAACUACAGCAACAUUUCGCAAAUGCCAUCGGUAAGCAAGGAAUUGAAGAUUUUAAUAAUGAACCGAGGAAAGACAAGACUGAUGCACCUAUUGGUGGUAAUGGAACAAUAUCAUCUAAUAAUGAACAAUCAUGCCAAGGGUCAAUGUUACCAUCUCCGGGUGGCGGAAGUGGAAAUGCUCAUAAUCAAGAUACUACAACAUUAUCUUCAAAAAUUGAGCGUCCAAAUUCAUUAGGACCUAACAAAAUUUCAAGACGUGUGACUUGUUAUCAUAACAAUGAAAGAUAUCCAGAAGGUGCUGGUCCACCAGGAAGUACACCACCUCCUCCCAGCGAUGGGCAGCAACACUUUCUAUUAUCUGAGUUUCCAGAACCUCCAAUUCCAUUAUCAGAAAUCGGUCCUAUUCCACCACCUCCUAUGUUCUCAACGCCUAGUCCCACAUUGAUAGCGGGGCGUCCUCAUGGACCUGGUGCUGUAAAUGACGUAGAUUAUCAGGAUUAUGAUUAUGAAGAUAAUGAUGACGACAACGAAGAAUUGGAUUCAGAUGAGGAAUAUAUGUUUUCUAUGUCGCAACCAAAUCCAAAUAUCGACACUUGUCGCGUUGAAGAAAUUCCAGCCAAAGAGCCGAAAUUUAAUGCAGUCCCAUUAAAAUCUGCUUUAAAAAAGAAGUCUGGACAACAACAAAUUCAACAACAUAACCAACAACAACAAUCACAAAAACAGCAUCAUCAGUCACAGCAAUUGCAGCAACAAAAUCAACCGCAACAAAUAAACUUACAACAACAACAGCCAACGCAACAAAAUUCAAAUGUAAUAUCGCCAGGAACACCGACGCAAGAUAAUAAUUCAGCAUCAAACAAUCGUCCUUUAAUGAUGAGGCAGGACGGAAAUAGUUAUUCUUUUAAGCCGAUUCUAAGACCAAGGAUUAGAAUAUGCCGACCAGUACGUUUCGGUGUUGGCUUACCUUGUUCUAUGGAAAAUAAAGAAAAUGCAAGACCUUAUGUGAUACGAGAAGACAAUGAUAGUGAUCAAAGUGAUGGUCCUAUAUUAUAUAGAGAUGAUGACAAUGAAAGAGAAAAAAAAAUAGCCAGAAAAGAAAGUUUAUCAUUAAAACUGCAACUACGUCCUGAUAAACAGGAUUUAAUUAAUAGAAAUAUUUUGCAUCAACAAUCUGAUAAUGAAAUGAAGGAAUCAAAAGAAACAAUAGGAGCAAAAUUAAGCCGAAGAUUAUCGAUGCGACCAACAGCUGAAGAGUUAGUUGAAAGAAACAUAUUAAAGAGUUUAAACCCGGUUCGAAGUAUUAGAACUAGAUGGUUAAUGGAUGAAGAUUGGAUUUUUACACCGACUACUCCCGCCGAAGAACGAAAACAGAAAGAAGAAAAGAAAAGAUAUCUCCUUAGGAAACUCAGUUUUCGCCCUACCGUUGAUGAAUUAAAAGAAAAGAAAAUAAUACGUUUUAAUGAUUAUAUUGAAGUAACACAGGCACACGACUAUGACCGGCGAGCUGAUAAACCAUGGACAAGACUGACACCAAAAGAUAAGGCAGCUAUACGAAAAGAAUUGAAUGAAUUCAAAAGUUCGGAAAUGGCUGUACAUGAAGGUAGUCGUCAUUUAACGAGGUUCCACAGGCCAUGACAGUUGCAAUGGUGUUUUAAAGAAAUCAAUAAGAUAAAGAUUACUUGGGGCAAUACAGAGCUAGAAGACAUUAAAACUACAAUCAUUACAGAAGUUAAUGUAGAACAAUUGAUUUUCGAUUCAACGUAUAUCUUCUGAUAUUAAACUAAACUUAAUAUUUAAUUUUUUUUACUAAUUUAAAUUAAAAUUGGUUAAAAUAAAAAAACAAGUUAAUUUCCAAAAAACAAAAAACCAAUUAUUAUAAUAGAACUUUAAAAUAUAAAUUUUGUUAUUUUUUGUCCAUUUUAGUUUUACCUAAUUUGUGAAAAUACAAGUAAUUGUCUCAAUUACUACACAGUUAAGAAUUAUUAUUAUUGUUAAUGAUAAAAAACUGACAUUAAACUAUUCAUCGAAACUUAAAAAAAGAAAAAUUAAAGCAAACAUUUAUUUAUA